AUGUCACGACGCAGCACUACUUUAUCACACUUAUCUUCUUUGGUUUUGCAAGGAGAAGAACAUUUGCCGAUAUUGCAAGGCAAUGGUCGUGAACUUUAUUACUACUCGGUCAUUCUCUGGACUCUGAAGGUUAAUGCGGAAGGAGGAUACACUAUAACUCAUCAAUUAACUCCGAAAGGAAAUUAUAAUGAUAUUUAUAGUAGUGAAAAGAAAAGUAUGACUAUAACACAAAACUUUCUUUCAAAGCAUGAAGUUAGUUUGGUGGAUCUUGGUGUUCAAGAAUUUACGGUUAUUCCACCUGCGAUUCCAUAUCUAAAAUCACUUCGCCGACUCUCAAUAUCUUAUAACAAACUCUCCAGUCUACCGUCCACCCUCUUUCAACUGAAUGGCCUGCAAAUUUUGCACAUACACUCUAAUCAACUACGGUCUCUUCCACCACAAAUUGGACUUUUGACUGCACUUCGUGAGCUCGAUGUACACUCUAAUAAAAUCAAAAGUAUUCCACCGCAGAUAGCGAAAUGUACAGAAUGCAAUUGGUUGAAUUUGGAGAAAAAUCGAAUCGCAUAUUUGCCUGCUGAGAUUUAUCAAUUGAAAAAGUUGAAGCAACUUCGUGUUGAUGGAAAUCCGUUUGCAUUGAUUGCUCAUAAAAAGAUUAAUGAUGAGAGUCAAAGAAAAGAUGGUCAGUCUUCAACAAGCUGUGAUGGUGGUGGAAUAAAAAAAGAUAAUGCUCUACAAAACGCAGAAAAUUGUAUUUUCAAUUUUCUACCUAUCGAUAUCCUGCAACGGAUCGUUCCACCACAUGAUUACCCACCUACAGUUUGUUCUCGCUGUCAUACACCAUUGUUCCAUGACGGUGUCUGUGAUUAUUAUUAUUAUGGGGAUCAAAUGAUCCCGGUCAAGCAUACACUUUGCUCUUAUGAUGUAUUCAAUUUUGCUACUUGCUAUCGCUAUGUCUUUAUUUAG